AUGUACGCAGACAUCUCCAAGCCUCCAGCUCCUCUUCCCCAGGCCAAGCCCCAAGCCAUAGCCGAUGGCAUCACUCUUCUACCCCCCUUGUCAAGAUUAGGCCACGGACCAGGUCUUGUCAUCUUGCAUCCUGACUCGGAUAAACACUUGGAGAUUGUUCAAGGUGUUCCUUCAGUUUUGGUCAAGUGGGCCGAGGAAGGUUAUGCUGUUAUUGAGAUACAGGCGAGAGCUUUGAAGGGUGAUGUUUUGAGGACUGCAGUGGAAGCUUUGAGGGGGUGUGAGGGUUUUAUUAAGGGUAGUAAGAUUGGACUUAUUUCGUAUGAUCCUGAGUUAUGGAAUAAGGUCGCCUCGACUCUUGAUGGGUCGGAUAUUGUCGGUGCCGUGAACUACACCAACUCAGCUUCUCUUCAAACAUCCCCCACUAUUCACACCCUGACACAUAUCGCCGCCAACACGGCAAAAAUCUCACGCAAUGGCAAAUCAACAACAUACUCAUACCCAACCGCCCCAUCCCAUCUUUUCGCCGUCCCCUUCAGCUCAGAAUUCAACUACACCACCGAAUCCGUCUCGCAUACAAGGAACUUGACCUUCCUCAAACCAUUGAUGAAUGGCCCAUACUUUGAUCUUGAAGAUAUUUGGGAUGAGCAUACGUAUUAUGAGUUUGCGGAUCGGAGUGUCGAGCAUACUAUGAGUACCAUGGUGCAGGAGCCUUAUGUUAACCAUGUUCCUACUCUUACGGGUGGUGUUGGACGAGCGUCGUUAACAAACUUCUAUCGUGAUAACUUCAUCUUUCUCAAUUCUGUCGACACAGAACUUGAACUGACCAGUCGGACUGUUGGAAUUGACAGAGUCAUUGAUGAGUUUAUCUAUAAAUUCACCCACGACAGAACUAUAGACUGGCUCCUUCCCGGUGUCCCACCGACGUUCAAGAAAAUGGAAAUUCCUUUCACAGCGGUUGUUAAUAUCCGUGGCGAUAGACUGUACCAUGAGCAUAUCGGUUGGGAUCAGGGCACUGUUCUUGCGCAGUUGGGGUUGAUGCCGCAAUAUUUACCAUUUCCAUAUCCUGUUGAGGGACAGGAGGAGCAAACCAAUGACUGGCAACCCCCUGCGCCCGAAUCAAUCUCAUCAGAAUCUUGUCAGACGAAUCAAGCAGCCAUUGUAGACAUGUUAUCCAGCCUUCAAGCGCAGUUGAACAGUCUUGCUGCACAGGUUCAGACACAAAGCUCGAAUCCGCAGGAAGUCACGAGUCUCCCUUCGCCUGUUACUCUGAUUGAGAGUGCGAGAGCGAUGGUUAAUAGGAUUGAUGAAGAGAAUUCUGAGUCUACGCCAAGAUCUUCAAGGACGGCUGCUUCGCAAAACUUUUAUGGACCGACGUGUCCGGACUAUGCGCUUAAUGUUGGACAAUUGAAGCUCAGGAGGGACAGUUUGCCACUUCACCAGCGACAAUUACAACUUGCGAGUAUCCACGAGGACGACGCUUCGGAAGAAGGCGACCCGGAAACACAAUUUUCUAUAUCACCACGGACGGUUGAUAAAGGCGAUCCAGCGAUGCUUCUCACUUUCCGCUCCGUUAUUGGGCUACAAGAAGCUAUCCAGCUGUUAUACGUUUACCAAGAAGUUGUCGGAGAGUUGCAUCCUGUCGUGGAUAUCGAUGCGCUCGUCAUGCAGACGAGAUCGUGGUAUGCUGAUGCAGGUGCUGGAAUGUGGGAUGUUCUGGCUGCGAGUACAAGCGCCGAAGCAUAUGAGCUACUUCUAAUACUGAACCUCUGUCUUGCCAUCGCUUUGAGGGCGGAUGCAAGGACGGGGAGCGGGAAUACUGAGGGUUUGUUGAGGGAUAGUUUCCAGGAUGCUGUUAACGCAAAGCUUGCUGCGCCCGCGAAUAGCAUCAAGCAUGCUACGAUAAUAUUCCUCAAGGGCUGGUAUGAUUUCUUCCAAGAUAUGCCACGUUCAGCAUGGCGCAUGUGCGGUAUCGCAGGCCGAAUGUUGAUGGAGCUCGGCCUUCAUAACGCCGAAGUCUUCAAACAUACGUUAAAGUCCGAAACUGAGCGGACGGAGGCUUGUACGUUGGUCAGUAGUAUCGUGAUCCUGGAUCGGCAAUGGAGUUAUGCGACUGGUCUACCGAUUCACUUCCACGAGAAGAGCUUCAGCUCCAUCUCGACUUCAUCGGUUAAAAAUCCAUAUCUUAAAGCUAUGCUCUCUUUCAUCCUUAUAAGCGAUCGCUUCAGCGAGCCUAUUUCUAGUGCCGCUAAAGGCGAAGGAUAUAAUGAUGAAAGCUCUUUUGAGCUUAUGACGUUCCAGAUUGAGCAGUGGCGCAAGAAAGCAGUGGGUGAACACUCCAUUGCACAAUGUCACACGUGGCAGACGGAUCCGACAACAAGACCGCCUACGUGGGCUAUUCUGCUUAAUCUACGCGCAGAAUCCGUGCGAAGCCAACUCCUUAAACCGUUCUUCUUCUCAGAAUCGGAUAUCGAGAUUACGAAGAAGCACGUCAGAGCAGCGGCUGAACGCGUCAACAUCCGUGUUAUCAACAUAUCCUCGCCUGCACAGCCGGUCUAG